AGUUUCCUGCUCGAUUAUUGUGAACUAUAUAAAUCUCUCUCUCUCUCUCUCUAGGUUCCCGUGUAACAGACAGACAUGUUGGUGAUUUUAACCUUCAUCCUCCUCUUCCACGUCAUCUCAGUCAUCCUCCUCUUCAUCAGCACCAUCAACAAUGCAUGGUGGGUGGCGUCUGCUCCAGGAGGCAACGUGAUUUACACUGACCUGUGGUACUCCUGUAACGUAACGUGUCUCCCUGUCAAGAACAGCGCUUCCACUGACGCAGUCUAUCUACAGGCUGUCCAGGCCACUAUGAUCCUGUCCACAAUUCUCUGCUGCGUGGGUUUCUUUGUGUUCAUCCUUCAGCUCUUCAGACUGAAACAAGGAGAGAGAUUUGUCUUUACAGCCAUCAUCCAGCUACUGGCUAGCCUGUGUGUGAUGAUCGGAGCGUCCAUCUACACUGCAGAGAGGCAGGGUUUUACGGAGGAGUCUCUAAGGAAGGGAGGAUAUGGCUCAUCCUACGUCCUGGCCUGGAUCAGUUUCCCCAUGACGGUCAUCAGUGGACUCAUGUAUCUGGUGCUGAGGAAACGCAAAUAAAAACACUCGUAUCUCUACAAAGACACGAAACACAAUGAAAACGUCAACUAAAACAACCUGCAAGGAGAGAAGUGUUCAUUAUUUUGUAACAGUCUAUUAGCUAAACUCUAAACAUGUUGUUAAGAGAGGCUGUUUUAAAAGACGUUUUCUCCAUACUGUGUGGUUGGAAUGAGACUGUGACAUAUCAGCCUGUUUUAUUUGGGGGGGGUGGUGUUGGAGUUUCCAUGGUGACGUCAAUGUGGUAGAUUUUAAAUAAAUAACGGACCAAUAAAUGGUGUAUAGUUGAAUUACAUGAUGAACGAUGGUUAAGACUGAGCAGGACAACACUGCGUUCAGUUCUACUAGAGUAAACCGAGUGUAGAAGGUGGAAUAUGGAGGAUUGUCUGCCGGCCCAUCUGUCUGUCUGCCCUCCUCCCUCCUCACUGUCCGUCUGCCC